GAAGUCACGUGAAAAAUUCAACAGAAAUUUCACUAUCAGCUUAUCUGGCUUCCAGUUUAUUUUUAAUGUUUAUGUUUAUUUAUUAUUUUUGUAAUAUAAGACUGUAUUAAUUGUUAGGCCGUGUCUGAACUGCAUCUCGAUUACACCAUGUCAUCAGUUCCUGGUAAACGAGGUGGCAAAUCUAAAGUUCCUUUGCCUGCAACCAGUAGUUUGUUUGCACUUGGAGGAACCGCUGCUAAGCGUCCAAAAGUAUUGAUCGGAGGUUCUAGCGGAUCAAAUGUUGGUACUAGUGGAGGAUCUGGUAGUGGUACAGGGAACAGCUCCAGCAAAUUGGAUAAACAAUUUGAUGAAUGGGAAGAUUUUGCCAUUGAAGUUGAAUCAGAAUUCCUUAUUAAACGAAUUGUUGAAGCUGAAGGAACUCCGAAUGAGUCCAAAAUUGAUGGCUACCUUUGUGGAGCGGUAAAACAGCUUCGAUCCAGUAAAGGAAAACCUGACUCAGUUUUGGUUCUAAGUUUAGUUUACCUUGCCAAAACAAGGCCUCAACAUUUUACCAGUGAAACAGUUAUCGAGGCGAUGUGUUCUCUCCUCAGGCGAGAUCCAUCAUCUGCUCCAUUUAAAGUGAAAUUAAAUAACAAUGUGUUUGUUUUAGCGGUUCUUGCUGCCAACCUAUUACUUGCUGCUCAUAUAGAUGAAUCACAGUGGCAUCUAUCAUUUUUGAAAGCCUACAUUGAAGACUCUUUAGGAGAUCGUGUAUGGGUUGAUUCAGAUUUUUGCCACGGAUUUGUUGAUAAUAUUUUAACUGCUUUUAAUACUAAAAAUCCUCCCAAAAAUCUUAUGUCUCAAGAUAUUUUCGCCAAUCCAAGUUCUUCUGGUCCCUCUACACCAUCUUCUGCAGGUGCUCCUGGAAGUGUCUUAAAAACCAAUUCUGAAUCCCCCAUGUCAACAAGUCCAAGCCAUGCUACUGAAGACAGCACCGAUGAAACUAUAAGUCUAUUCUCUAGUGGAUUAAAAGAUGUUUUCGGUGAAGAACUACCAGUUGUACCCAGGUAUAAUCACAACCAACAGGUUGUUUAUGAUUAUGUUUAUGAUAUUAUCAACGAACAGCUGACUCGACGUCAGGUUCCAUCAGAAAUUAACCGCAAUGUACUUAAACUUCUUAUUUCAACUGUUGGUAUUCCCCAAAUACGAUUACUAGUUGCCCAAAAAUUAGAAAUCUGGUUACAAAAUCCAAAACUUAGUCGACCUGCACAAGAUCUUUUACUGGCAGUCUGUGUCAACUGUACUGACGAAGAUAGUGAUGUUAUUUCUGCUCUUGUCAAGAUGCGUCUCAAAACUAAAGUUCUGAUGAAUCAUUUCUUUCUUUGUAUCAAAGAACUUUUGAGUCAAAAUGAAGGAAAUAUAAUUAUUGUCCUGAGAAAUGCCAUCUCUAUCGAAUUUUCGAACAACCGAGGAUCCAGUAAUAUGCAUUUGAUUUCCGUGGCUUUCCAACACUCUCCUACCAGAGCAACAAAAUGUUUGGCUCACCUGAUUCAAGAAUUUUUAAUCAAAGACGAUUUCCUUCGUCAAAUUCGCCAUCUCCUUAGAGAAAUUGUAAAAACAUUGAAACAUGAGCACAUAAAUUUGGUUAAACUUGUUGAUACAUUAACCACCGACAAUAGUCGUAUGGCUGGUAUCGAUUCACCCGAUAUUUUAUCUCGAGUUUUAACCUCAAUCGCUGACAUUAUUGUUCUAUGUAUGUUUUUAACUGUCUAUCCUAUCGCUAGAGAAUCUGUAUCAAAGCCGACAAAGAAAGAAAUUCUCAAAACAGUUUCAGGACAAAUUGCAGAGAUGCAAAGGUUAUCAAUAAUUUGGAUGCAGAAGAUUGUAAUGAAAGUUUAUAAGCCAGAAAGAGGGGAAUAUAUGCAUUGUUUGAAUAAAUGUCUUCUUAUGGAAUCAGCUGAACAGUAUUACAACAAAGAUAAUUGGCCACCUGAGUCAGAGCGAGACGCAAUGUUCCGUUGUACAACUAAAGUUCCAGUUCACGAGGAUAGUCUUAUCCGUAUUUUAAAGAUGGGUCUUUCAAAAGACUACCCUGUUCAAUCUCCCGAAGCAAUAGAAUUGUCUGAUGCUUUGAUUAAACGUGCAGCAGCUCUUUACGAUGGAGAUGUAACCAACCCCACUUUGCCCAUCAAAAAAGAUGACAUUUUCAAUCUUCUUCUCAAAAACUCAAUUUACCGCAUUCCGGAAAACAUAACACUUCCACCGGGCUAUGAACCACCUUCACUGGCCAUAAAUGACUGGUAUUGGAAAGUUUGGCUUCAAUUGUUGCUUAUUGUGGCUCACAAUUCAACGAAAUUCGGAUCAAUGGCUUGGGAAAACUAUCCAACCUUAGCUUUGCUAAUCGAAAUGUGUAUCACUAAUCAUUUUGAAUUUCCACCAGCAACUCGACAAAAUGAAGAUCUCAAAGCUAAUGAACUGCGAAUCGUUGGUAUUGAAAAGCAACAGAUCUUACAAUUUGAAUCACAUUUAGCAGCUGCUUCAAGUAAACGACAAAUCACUGAAGGAAACAGUUUACUGCUCAGUAAAUUAAUAACUUUUGACCCACAAGGCAAACCAAGACAGCCACCUCAAAGUGCAUUAGAUAUGCUUAAAAAUAUUAAUGCUGGAUUAAGAAUAGGUUAUUGGUUGUGUCAAAGUCGUAAUCCUGAUUUCCUAUUAGAGAUUAUUCAGCGACAACAAAGACAAUCCAUGUCGAGCUCUAGUACCGGAUUGGGUCUUAGCACUAUGCAAUGGCUUAACGAUCUAAUUGAAAUGAAUUGUGAGAACCUGUCAAGUUUACCUGUUCAAUGUUUAGGCGAAUUUACUUUGCGUUAUAUUAAUGAUGAUGAAAAUCUGAACAUUUUCUUGGAAUCCAAACAAUCUGAGAAACCAAAACGAAAAGAAAAACGAAAGAAAUUUUGUAAACUGUUGAGCUACUUUCAAAAUGCUCUUAAUCGUGAUGUUGUCGUUGCCAAACAAUUGAUGGAAUACUUCAUGGGACGCCUUUGUUCUGCUCAAUCAUCUUUACGUAGUUUAGUCGCAAAAGCACUUAACCUUGUGUUGUGUUUUAAUGAAAAUAUGGUUGACAAUUUGAGUGACCUUUUAAAGUUCAACAUUGAAGACUGGUUAUUGGGUAAAUUGCCAACAAUAGAAAACUUUCAAGCAGUCAAGAAAAUUGCUUGCAUCUGCUUGCGAUCAGCAAUUCUAGUCGAAACUGACCCAGAAUCAGUUUGCUGUUACAUCCAGUUUCUUGCUGAAUAUGGCGUACCUGGUGACAAAAUAACACUUAUGGACGUUUCUCGCCUUAUAAUCGACCGAACCUCAGUUUUUAAACACAUCACAAAAGAUCCACAUUAUCGAGAUGAUUUUCUGUUCUCUUGCAUAAAACUUUAUUAUGAAUAUAUGAUAUCUCUUGAAAAUCCAGUUAAGGAAGAGGACGAACAAAAAAUAACUGAUAAUAAUGCUGAUAACUUGAUAGUUAAAUGGCCAACUCAUACUGCUGUCAUCAACAUAAUAAUUAUUCAAUCUUUAGUAAUCCUGUUAACAUAUGAUCCUCCUGAAACAGCCUCAAAUCAAUUCAAUAAACUACUCCAAAUGUGGUUUGAUGAUCCAAUACCAACUACACUAAUCCCUGAUACUUUGGAAGAAGCUAGUAUACUUCCAGACUGGCUUCGACUUAGGCUUAUGCGUGCAUCUUCUCCCGUUCUUAUCGACGCUGCUCUUAAAGACCUAGAAAUACCUGCCCUUGUAUUAUUUAUUCAAUCUUUUGGAAUUCCUGUUUCUUCCAUGGAACGAAUGCUUCAAGCAUUGGAUUAUGCUUGCGAGGUUGAUCCAGAGUCUGUGAAGAAUGUAAUUCAAGACGUUAAUUUUGUUCAACAAAUAAUUGAAGUCCAAUGGAUGAGAGGCGCUAAAUCAGGCCAAAAAUUAGCCGCUCUUAUAGGUUUUGAACCAAAAUCUCACGAGGAAAACUCUAAGCACUUGGAUCCUUUCCUUUCAGUUGUAAAUUCAUGCUAAAUAAUCUUCUAAUGAUGGUUUCUAUCAACAUCCACGCAAAUUUGUAAUUAAAUCUUCAGUCUACUUCUAACGUUCAAUUCCUAUAAUAUCUUGUUUUACCUUAAUCUGGGUAUUAUAAAAAUGUCUUUGUAAACAUAAACUCUACUAAUUUUUUUGCAUCUCAGUAUUUGAAUAAGCAAACUAUGUUUAAUAUUUAUAAUAGUCAUAAUUGAUGCCUUUAAGUGUAAAUAAAUCAUGUUUGAUUAA